UGGUAGAAGACCCUAUCCGGCCAUCCUCUUUUUAGCGCGACGUCCCUCCCCUUCCCUGUUCUUCAAUCUCGAUUACUCUCUCUCUCUCUCUCUCUCUCUCUCUCUCUCACUACGUACAAUGGGCGAGAACGACAUCCCGGCAGAUUACCCUUUGAAGCGGGGAGAAAUAGAUUACAAUCGGAGUUCCGAACCUGCCUACGCCCUCAGCGGCAAGAUUAUGCUCAGCGCCAUUGUUAUAUUGUUCUUCGUUGUUAUCCUCAUGGUCUGCCUCCAUCUCUACGCCCGCUGGUACGUCCUCCGCUCACGUCGCCGCCGUCGCCAAACCCAACUCGUUUUUUAUUUGGACAACGCCAACCCCAACCACGCCGCCCCCACCGUCUCCACCCGCGGCCUCGACGCGUCCGUGCUCAAUUCUCUUCCGGUUUUCCUUUACUCCUCCAAGACCCACCCGGAGCCAACCCCUGAUUGCCCAGUUUGCCUCUCCGAAUUCGAGGAGAACGAGAAGGGUCGGACCCUACCCAAGUGCGGCCACACCUUCCACAUUGAAUGCAUCGACAUGUGGUUCCACUCCCACUCCACUUGCCCGCUCUGCCGGUCCGCGGUUGAACACGGCCAAGUAUCUGAAAGCCCGGACGAAGUCGUCCUUGCCGUCGGUGAACCUGAGAGAAUUGAAGCAGGUUCGAGCUCGGGGUUGUGCUCGGAUUGUGAGCACGAGAAUGAACAAGUGGAUCAGCCUUCGUCGUCGACUGUGGCCCGGAGAAAACCCAUGGAGUUGGUGGGUGUCUCCAUUGAGGUCCCGAGGAGGAACGUAAGCUUCGGGGACGAGUCCAACUCCCCAGCGAGUCAAAGAGGUUUCAAAUCGCCGCUGAGUCGCAUGUUGUCAUUGAAGAGAAUUCUCGGCAGAGAUAAGAGAGCAAGUGAGUCACCGACCUCGGCAAACGCAGCGAGCUGUUGUUCGGCGCCCGAGCCGGAUAUUGAGCGAGGAGCCGUCGAUGAUAGCCGGCAAAAACAGGUCUGAAUCGGAGCAAAAGACAUUCGUGGACUAGCAGUCCCAAGUCUGUGGUCCUACACGUUGCAAAAUAUCAUUUUGGCACAUACUUCUUGUAGCCUUGGGUUGACCGACCGAUAUUUUUUUUUGUUUUUCAGAAUAUACCGAGGAUUUGAUUGA